UUUUAUUUUGAAUUUAAUCUUUACCUUUGUUGAUAUUUUUACUUACACCGGCUGCAUUCAUCAUGUGUAGCAUCUUUUAGCUUUUACUGCACUAAAAUACUCAAAUGUGCCAGAAAAGGUCUGAAGAAUAUAUAUGGCAGUAAGACCACCAGUUAAGAUGGAAGAAAGGCAGUAUUCAUCUCUGACGGCCGAUAUGGAUUAUCUUCAGUACUGGUAUCAAACCAAUACUCAGCAGUACCAGGCAGAGCAGGUGCCACAGUACCACCAGAUGCUUAAUGCCGUCCAAUACACCGAGAGACCUGUGGAGGACAAAAUCAUGACUGAUCUUUCAGUGCAUCAAGAUCCAUAUCCGGAUCAACCUCAACAGCAUCAUCAACUCUCUGCCCAACCACCAGCCCUUCCAACGACUCCAGCAAAAGGAAAGAAAAGGGGAAGGCCUCCAAAAGGUGAAGGAAAGGAGAGGACUGAAGCUGAAGAGUCUGCCAAGAAAGCAAAGAGGACGUUAGAUCGGUUCAACGGGAUGUCAGUGGAGGAAGUCAUGGCUAAAAAGCUGCCAGACAUCAUCACACAUAAUCUUGACAUGCUGAUUAUCGGCAUCAAUCCUGGACUCUUGUCAGCCUACAAGGGAAGGCAUUAUCCAAAUCCUGGGAACCACUUUUGGAAAUGCCUGUAUCUUUCUGGGCUGACUGAUGAACAGCUCAACCACAUGCAUGAUCAGACGCUUCCUGAACGCUAUGGCAUUGGUUUCACAAAUAUGGUGGAGAGGACUACACCUGGGAGUAAAGACUUAUCAAACAAAGAGAUCCGUGAAGGUGGCCACCAGCUUCUGGAAAAGCUCCAGAUGUACAGACCUUUAAUCGCUGUGUUCAAUGGAAAAUGUAUUUAUGAAACAUUUUGCAAGGAGAUUUUCGGAGUAAAGGCAAAGAACUUGGAGUUCGGAUUGCAGCCUUACAAAGUGCCGGAAACUGAGACGGUUUGCUAUCUGAUGCCAUCAUCAAGCCCACGCUGUGCCCAGUUUCCUCGUGCUCAGGACAAAGUGCACUUCUUCAUCAAGUUAAAGGAGCUCAGGGAUCAGAUGAAGGGAGUGGUGAAGACUCAAGAGAUCCAAGAGACAAGCUACACAUUUGAUCUGCCUCUGGCCAAAGAGGAUGCCAAAAGACUGUCAAUCAAAGAAGAGCAGCAUGACCCUGGAUAUGAGGAGACUUGUGCCCAUGGAUCACAGCAGCACACACCGCAAGCAUUUGGGGUCCAUCCUUCUACAGACACAGACCAGGUAUCAGACAACCGUUGGACAAUGCAGCCAUUUGCAGACCAGAUUCCAGACAUCAGAUGUAGCAGCAGCAACUAAACAGCCUGGGAAAAGGACCAACUAAACUUUUUUUUUUAUUAUUGUUUUAUAUAAUAUUUUAAUGUGUUUUGCCUGUUUCUGAGUGAUUGAUUCUGAGUUGUUACCUGAAUUAUUUAAUUUGUGAUCUCAGUGCGUGAAAGCGUGAAUGACUUUCUGAUUGAGACAUUUGUUAAUUUUGUGCCUCUAUUUUUAUCCUUUUAAAGAAACUUCAGUCAUAAACUACAGUUUAUUUACAGGUUUGGGGCUAGUAAAAGAAAUUAAUACUUAUAUUCAGCAAGUAUGCAUUUCAAACAAAUACUGUUCAUUUGAACACAAAAAAUGUUAAGCAGCAUUGUUUUUUCACUUGUCUACAUUCAAAGUAAUAGUAAAUGUUACGUGAGCAGCAAAUCUUCAUAUUAGAAUGAUUUCUGAAGGACCAUGUGAGACUGAAGACUGGAGUUACGAUGCUGAAAAUUCAGCUUUGCAUCACUGGAAUGAAUUACAUUUUAAAAUAUAUUCAUAAAUAUAUUUUAAAUUGUAAUAAUAUUUCACAAUAUUACUUUUUUAACUGUAUUUUGGGUCAAAUAAAUGCAGCCUUUGUGAGCAUAAGAGACUUCUCUCUUUAAAAAGAAAUCUUACCCAAACUUGAUUUGUAAUGUGUAUUCCCAUUAGCUGAAGGUAUGUGUUUUUGCGUGGUAUUUAAAUGUUUUCACAUGCACAUGUUUUUUUUUUUGUUGUUGUUUUUUUUUAUAUAUAUGAGUAUUUCAGUGCAACAAAUUCCUAAUGGAAUCCAUGGCUGGACUCUGGAAGAGGUUUAUCACUGUGCAUGUCCUCCAUGCAUGGAUUUAUAGUAGUAUUGCAGAUGGCAUGCUCAGUCCCAAGUUAUGGUGCUUUUUGAAAACAGAUCACUCAAUUUACCUCAUUCUGAAUGCUAUUUUUAGACUUUUUAGUGUUUUGUUAAUUUGAAAUCAGUAUGCAUAACUGUUUAGUACCAUGUAUACCUGUUACAUCAUAACUAUAAUUAUGUACUAUGUAUGUCAUUUUGUAAGUUGUAUUUUAUGUUUUAUAUGUAUGUAUUACUAAGGGUCAAAUAAAGCUAUGUGUAUUCGUUA